GGUGACCCUCAGACGUUCCUACAUCAGAGUGAGGAAAGAUAAAUCUAACAGACUCUCUGUUGGCAGCAGAGAGCCGUCUGAUAGUCCGUCUCGCUCUUCUGGAUCCUUCGUCUCCUUCUCCUGGUUCACUGAAAGUCGAGGAUCAUUCUCGUCCUCUGGGACUCCUCCUUGCUCCCCUAAAAUCCCCCCACUGGGCCCCCAGAGGCCCCGCAAGUCCCGCUCCCAGGAGUCAGCUCUCAGUGAGGAGUUUUCUCCUCCUCACACCUCCUCCUCUGCCUCUCCUCCUCCUCCAAACUCCUCCAGAUCCUCCCACCCAUACCACACCCUGUCCCAGUCCUCUGACGAGCCCUGUGAUGAGCCCUCUCCACCCUCCUCCUCCUCCUCGGUCUCCUCCUGGACGACUCAGCAGGUCUGUCAGUGGCUCCGAAGUCUCCACAUGGACCAGUACAUCCCCGAGUUCAGCGCCAAAGACAUCGAUGGAGAGCAGCUGCUGCAGAUGGAUGGCAGCAAGCUGAAGGGUCUGGGUGUGCUCAGUUCGUCCGACCGCAGUGCUCUGAAGCGUCGCAUCAAAGACGUGCAAACGGUGGCAGAGAAGGAGAGAAAAGCUCUGGACAAACUGGAGAAACAGAAAGAAAAACAGAGGAGGAAAGACCAGGAGCAGCGCAGGAACUGAGGCCCACCACCAGAGGGGGACAGAGGGGAGGACACUGAGGACAGAUGUGUCAGGAACCAGAGUUGGUUCCUCAGAUUUCUGUCAGAGUGAGGCGUCAAAACUAGAAAAAAAUCUUUGUACCAGAGUUUGUUCCUCAGAUUUCUGUCAGAGUGAGGCGUCAAAUAUAGAAAAAAUCUUUGUCAUCCUGAAAAAAAAAACAACAACCUGGAAUUCCUUUACGCAGAUUCCAGACCUGGAAAAAUCCUUGAAAAAUAAAAGUUACCAUAAAAACAUGGAAACAAAAUUAGUUCUGCAGAAACAUGAAACGUUAUUAAAGCAUUAAAACUUUUUA